ACCCCCGUAAAGAGUCUAUCCUGGUAUAAAGGAAUUUAGUUCAGUUGACAGCGUGCGCUUUCCUCGUGUCCUGCUCUCCAACGAAAUUUUUUAAACUUUUUCGGCCAAAUCGAGUGAAUUAACCGAUUGAUUAGCUUCAGAAAAGAAAGGUCCUUUCGCAGGUCCAACCAUGGCCAGUUUUGGCCAUAAUAAACCCUUCAAUUAAACGUUGUGAGAAUAACUUCAUUCCUGCGAGUGAGCCGAAAAAUCAAAAAAAUCGAUUUAUCCCCCAAUAAAAACAAAGUGCAUUAAAUGGCCCUAAAUGCCCGAUGCAUAUCAAAUAACCUUAAUGUGCUUUAAAGCUUAAUGAUAGUGAUUUAAAACGUUUAAAAAUAAAACCAAAAAAUAAUUGUUACAUUAAAUAUUUAUUCAUAAAAAAUUAUAGUGCAAAUAUCGUAAAGAGCAGACAGAGAAAGCUGCAAGAAUAAACUCAAGCUGUUGCAAUUUCUAGUCGUAAAUAAAAAAUUCUGACGUCAAUAAAACGUAAACUAUAGAUGCGAGGCCUAAUAAAAACCGAAAAAUGGAGCAAUUUCAAAACCCGUGCGAUCGAGCGAGUGAGUGAGGCAGGACGGAGCUUAACGUCGUCAGCCGAAGAGUAAGUCUGACAGAGACAUUGCCCGUGUAAAUAAAAGCAUUUAGAACUAUUAACCAUUGUUGUUGUGGCCCACUGUCGACUGCUGAAUCAAAAGCCUCUCCGAUAAACACACUCACACCUCUACUAAUCACAUACCAUACAUAUAGCGAAAUAAUGGGUCUGCAGAUGGCAGUAUCCAGUCUUGUUGCAGCAUCCAGCAUAUUAGUGUUGCUAUUGCUCACCUGGACGCCCCAAAUCGUCGAUGCAGUCCAUGCAAAUUAUUCGGAUAUUCCGUACAUUCAAUAUCUCACACAUCCGCCGGAGAUCAUCAAGAAGCCGCAGAACCAGGGCGUGCGAGUGGGCGGCGUGGCAAGCUUCUAUUGUGCGGCUCGCGGUGAUCCGCCGCCAUCGAUAGUUUGGCGCAAGAACGGCAAAAAAGUUUCGGGAACGCAAUCUCGUUACACGGUGCUGGAGCAGCCCGGCGGGAUUUCCAUACUACGGAUUGAGCCUGUACGGGCGGGACGGGACGAUGCCCCCUACGAGUGUGUGGCUGAGAACGGUGUGGGCGAUGCCGUUCACGCAGAUGCAACUUUAACCAUCUAUGAAGGCGAUAAAACACCCGCAGGCUUUCCGGUUAUAACGCAGAGUCCAGGCACCCGCGUCAUUGAAGUGGGUCACACCGUCCUCAUGACAUGCAAAGCCAUCGGCAAUCCGACGCCAAACAUUUACUGGAUUAAGAAUCAGACAAAGGUUGAUAUGAGCAAUCCCCGCUACUCGCUUAAAGAUGGAUUUCUGCAAAUCGAAAACAGCCGGGAGGAGGAUCAAGGCAAAUACGAAUGUGUGGCCGAAAACAGCAUGGGAACUGAGCACUCGAAGGCCACCAACUUGUAUGUGAAAGUCCGUCGUGUUCCGCCCACCUUUUCCCGCCCACCAGAGCCCAUCAAUGAGGUGAUGCUGGGCUCCAAUCUGAAUCUGUCCUGCAUCGCCGUCGGCUCCCCCAUGCCGCAUGUCAAGUGGAUGAAGGGCUCCGAGGAUCUAACACCCGAGAAUGAGAUGCCAAUCGGUCGGAAUGUCCUGCAACUGAUUAAUAUUCAGGAGAGUGCCAACUACACUUGCAUUGCCGCCUCAACUCUGGGGCAAAUCGAUUUCGUUUCGGUGGUGAAAGUGCAAUCUCUGCCCACCGCACCCACCGAUGUGCAAAUAUCCGAGGUGACCGCCACUUCGGUGCGUCUGGAGUGGUCGUACAAGGGUCCCGAGGACUUGCAGUACUAUGUGAUCCAGUACAAGCCGAAGAACGCCAACCAGGCCUUCAGCGAGAUUAGCGGAAUCAUCACCAUGUACUAUGUGGUCCGGGCAUUGAGUCCCUACACGGAGUACGAGUUCUACGUGAUAGCCGUGAACAAUAUCGGACGUGGACCGCCAUCGGCGCCAGCGACUUGUACCACUGGCGAUUUCUCAUUCGGUGGCACAAAAAUGGAAAGUGCCCCACGUAAUGUUCAAGUGCGCACGCUGAGCUCCUCCACCAUGGUUAUUACUUGGGAGCCACCAGAGACGCCCAAUGGACAAGUGACCGGCUACAAGGUGUACUACACGACCAAUUCGAACCAACCAGAGGCCUCUUGGAAUUCUCAGAUGGUGGACAAUAGCGAACUGACCACAGUGUCCGAGCUCACUCCGCAUGCCAUCUAUACGGUUCGGGUUCAGGCGUACACCUCAAUGGGGGCCGGUCCCAUGUCCACACCGGUCCAGGUGAAGGCGCAGCAAGGUGUGCCAUCACAACCGAGCAAUUUCCGGGCCACCGAUAUCGGCGAGACCGCAGUCACAUUGCAAUGGUCGAAGCCGACGCAUUCCAGCGAGAAUAUCGUACACUACGAGCUCUACUGGUAUGACACAUACGCCAAUCAGACCCAUCACAAACGGAUUUCCAACUCGGAGGCAUACACUCUGGACGGCCUGUAUCCCGAUACCAUUUACUAUAUCUGGCUGGCGGCAAGGUCACAACGAGGCGAGGGGGCCACCACACCCCAGAUUCCGGUUCGCACCAAGCAAUAUGUACCAGGUGCACCGCCCCGUAAUAUCACCGCCACGGCCGCCAGCUCCACUACGAUCUCCCUGAACUGGCUACCGCCGCCCGCCGAAAGGUCCAACGGCCGGAUCAUUUACUAUAAGGUAUUCUUCGUGGAGGUGGGCCGCGAAGACGACGAGGCCACAACGUUGACCCUCAAUAGGACCAGCAUUCUGCUGGACGAGCUCAAGCGCUGGACGGAGUACAAGAUCUGGGUCCUGGCCGGCACCUCCGUCGGCGACGGUCCCCGGUCACAUCCGAUCAUAUUGCGCACCCAAGAGGAUGAGAAAAAGAUGCCCGGAGAUCCGCAGGAUGUUAAAGCCACUCCCUUGAACUCCACGUCGAUCCACGUCAGUUGGAAGCCACCACUCGAAAAGGACCGCAAUGGCAUCAUUCGUGGCUAUCAUAUACACGCCCAGGAGCUGCGAGAUGAGGGCAAGGGCUUCCUCAACGAACCCUUCAAGUUCGAUGUGGUAGACACUCUGGAGUUCAAUGUAACAGGCCUGCAACCGGACACCAAGUAUUCCAUCCAAGUGGCUGCCUUGACCCGGAAGGGCGAUGGUGACCGCAGCGCAGCAAUUGUGGUAAAGACGCCCGGAGGAGUUCCAGUUAGGCCCACAGUGAGUCUAAAGAUUAUGGAGCGUGAUCCAACGGUCUCCAUUGAGCUGGAGUGGGAGCGUCCGGCACAGACUUACGGUGAACUAAGGGGCUACCGCCUGCGCUGGGGUGUCAAGGAUCAGGCUCUGAAGGAGGAGAUGCUUUCGGGACCCCAGAUGACCAAACGGCGCUUCGAUGAUCUGGAACGUGGUGUGGAGUACGAGUUCCGCGUGGCGGGCAGCAACCACAUCGGCAUUGGUCAGGAGACAGUAAAGAUAUUCCAGACACCCGAGGGAACGCCGGGUGGACCACCGUCGAACAUUACCAUCCGCUUCCAGACCCCGGAUGUUGUGUGCGUGACUUGGGAUCCCCCUACAAGGGAGCACCGGAAUGGUCUGAUCACCCGCUACGACGUCCAGUUCCACAAGAAGAUCGACCAUGGCCUCGGAUCUGAGCGAAACAUGACCCUGCGCAAGGCGGUUUUCACCAACCUGGAGGAGAACACCGAGUACAUCUUCCGGGUGAGGGCCUACACCAAACAAGGAGCCGGACCCUUCAGCGAGAAACUGAUCGUGGAGACGGAGCGUGACAUGGGCCGAGCACCGAUGUCCGUCCAGGCGGAGGCCACGUCCGAGCAGACGGCGGAGAUCUGGUGGGAGCCAGUGCCCAGUCGUGGUAAGUUGCUGGGCUACAAGAUUUUCUACACGAUGACGGCUGUGGAGGAUCUGGAUGACUGGCAGACGAAGACCGUGGGACUGACGGAGUCCGCUGAUUUGGUGAAUCUGGAAAAGUUUGCCCAGUAUGCUGUGGCCAUUGCGGCGCGUUUUAAGAAUGGUUUGGGCAGGCUUAGCGAGAAGGUAACCGUUCGCAUCAAGCCGGAGGAUGUGCCUCUGAAUCUCCGUGCCCACGACGUUAGCACUCACUCGAUGACCCUCAGCUGGUCGCCUCCUAUUCGUCUCACCCCUGUCAACUACAAGAUCAGCUUCGACGCCAUGAAGGUGUUCGUGGAUUCGCAAGGUUUCUCCCAGACCCAGGUGGUUCAGAAGCGGGAGAUCAUACUGAAGCACUACGUGAAGACGCACACGAUCAACGAGCUGAGUCCGUUCACCACCUACAACGUGAACGUGAGCGCCAUACCAUCGGACUACUCUUACCGCCCACCCACCAAGAUCACUGUCACCACCCAGAUGGCCGCCCCCCAACCCAUGGUCAAACCGGACUUCUACGGAGUGGUCAACGGCGAGGAGAUACUAGUGAUACUGCCGCAGGCCUCCGAGGAGUACGGCCCCAUUUCGCACUACUACUUGGUGGUGGUGCAAGAGGACAAGUCCAAUCUUCACAAGAUACCCGAUCAGUUCCUCACAAACGAGCUGCUCCCGGGCUGGAACAAGCCGGAGCGUUCCAACGCCCCCUACAUAGCCGCCAAGUUCCCGCAACGCUCCAUUCCGUUCACCUUCCAUUUGGGUUCCGGCGACGACUACCACAACUACACCAACCGAAAGCUGGAGCGGGAGAAGCGCUACCGAAUCUUUGUCCGAGCAGUGGUAGACACGCCCCAGAAACAUCUCUACACCUCGAGUCCCUUCUCGGAGUUCCUCUCUCUGGACAUGAGGGAGGCGCCUCCGGGCGAAAGGCCACACCGACCUGACCCCAACUCUCCCUCAGAGCCGGAGGUGUCUGUCAACCGUAACAAGGAUGAACCGGAGAUUCUGUGGGUGGUGCUCCCGUUGAUGGUGUCCACCUUUAUUGUCUCCACCGCGUUGAUAGUGCUCUGUGUGGUGAAGAGGCGCCGCCAGCCGUGCAAGACCCCGGAUCAGGCGGCAGUAACCCGUCCGCUGAUGGCCGCCGACCUCGGAGCUGGACCCACGCCCAGCGAUCCCGUGGACAUGCGACGGUUGAACUUCCAAACCCCCGGCAUGAUCUCACACCCGCCCAUUCCAAUCUCGGAAUUUUCCAACCACAUAGAGAGGCUCAAGUCCAACGACAACCAGAAGUUCUCGCAGGAAUACGAGAGCAUUGAGCCGGGCCAGCAGUUCACCUGGGACAACUCCAACCUGGAGCACAACAAGUCCAAGAAUCGCUACGCCAACGUGACCGCCUACGACCAUUCGCGUGUCCAACUGCCGCCAACGGAGGGUGUGUCCGGGUCGGACUACAUAAACGCCAACUACUGCGAUGGAUAUCGGAAGCAUAACGCCUAUGUGGCCACCCAGGGUCCACUCCAGGAGACCUUCAUCGACUUUUGGCGCAUGUGCUGGGAACUGAAGACUGCCACCAUUGUGAUGAUGACGCGCUUGGAGGAGCGGACCCGGAUCAAGUGUGACCAAUACUGGCCGUCACGUGGCACAGAAACCUACGGCCAAAUCUUUGUGACCAUUACGGAGACCCAGGAACUGGCCACAUACAGCAUUCGGACCUUCCAACUGUGCCGGCAGGGCUUCAAUGAUCGACGGGAGAUCAAGCAGCUGCAGUUCACCGCCUGGCCCGACCAUGGAGUGCCCGAUCAUCCCGCCCCGUUCCUGCAGUUCCUGCGACGCUGCCGCGCCCUAACGCCACCGGAAUCCGGCCCCGUGGUUGUCCACUGCUCGGCAGGAGUAGGUCGCACUGGAUGCUACAUUGUAAUCGACUCGAUGUUGGAGCGGAUGAAGCACGAAAAGAUCAUCGACAUUUACGGACAUGUGACGUGCCUGCGAGCGCAGCGUAACUACAUGGUGCAGACCGAGGACCAGUACAUCUUCAUACACGACGCCAUCUUGGAAGCCAUCGUCUGUGGGCUGACGGAGGUGCCCGCUCGCAACCUGCACACCCACCUGCAGAAACUCUUGACCACGGAGCCCGGCGAGAGCAUCUCUGGCAUGGAGGUGGAGUUCAAGAAGCUCUCAAACGUGAAAAUGGACUCGUCCAAGUUUGUUACGGCCAAUCUGCCAUGCAAUAAACACAAGAACCGCCUGGUCCAUAUCCUGCCGUACGAGUCCAGCCGCGUCUACCUGACCCCCAUCCAUGGCAUUGAGGGAAGCGAUUACGUCAAUGCCAGCUUCAUCGAUGGUUAUCGCUACCGCUCCGCCUACAUCGCCGCCCAGGGACCUGUCCAGGAUACCGCCGAGGACUUUUGGCGAAUGCUCUGGGAGCAUAACUCCACCAUUGUGGUGAUGCUCACCAAGCUCAAGGAAAUGGGCAGGGAGAAAUGCUUCCAGUACUGGCCCCACGAGCGAUCCGUGCGCUAUCAGUAUUAUGUUGUGGACCCCAUUGCUGAAUACAAUAUGCCGCAGUACAAGUUGCGCGAGUUCAAGGUGACCGAUGCUCGCGAUGGCUCUUCGCGCACCGUCCGACAAUUCCAGUUCAUCGACUGGCCAGAGCAGGGAGUGCCCAAGUCGGGUGAGGGAUUCAUCGACUUUAUUGGACAGGUGCACAAGACCAAGGAGCAGUUUGGCCAGGAUGGACCCAUCACUGUGCACUGUUCCGCUGGUGUGGGUCGGACGGGUGUGUUUAUCACCCUCAGCAUUGUCCUUGAGCGGAUGCAGUACGAAGGAGUCCUGGAUGUUUUCCAGACCGUGCGCAUCCUGCGCUCCCAGCGACCGGCAAUGGUGCAAACCGAGGAUCAAUAUCACUUCUGCUACCGCGCUGCAUUGGAGUACUUGGGCUCAUUCGACAACUAUGCCAACUGAAUCAACAGCGACACUGAUCGCCCUGGCCAUAGAACAAAUUUGUGAACAUUCGAAAUUCGAAAACUACGCAUAAUACGCAUUUACGAUACAACGGAUAUAAUAACUAAAGUAUUAUAGCCAGCUACUGCCCACACACGUACUUACACCUAUAACUAUAUACGUGGAUAUGUUUUAGUUUGUAAGCGCACCUCUCCCCGCCCCACAGAUUGCGUUACAAUCACGUUUCUUUUGGGGCAUCGGUCUUUUUAUGCGAUUUAUUUUUAUUGAUAAUGUGAACUAAAAAAGACUGUUACACGUUUAAUUAUCAGUAAUUUGUAUAUCAGCCCAUAUAUGUAAACUUCUCAUAUAUAUGUGCGUCAAGUGUUGCUUGAUCUAUUGGAGAAAGUCAAUCAUCUUGUAGUUUGUGGAGCUGCCGCCCGAAUGGCCAGGAACGGAAGUGCGGGCGAGCACUCCACCGGAAAUCGAUACAUAUUUGAACUAAGGACUUGGUAGCUGUUAGUCUUACCGCCUAAAGCGAAUCUCAAACAAAUGGAUAGGAUGUAAAAGCCAUUGAAAGAUCAGUCAAAGGGAAAUUAAUCCAAUAAACCUUACAAUCUAGUGUAUGGGUACUACAAUCAAUCAAAUACUAAUAUGUUAAUCAGUUUUAAUAUCUAGGUUCUAUUAUAAAGCAUUAUAAACACUCCGUGCAAUUAGUCAAAGGUCUUGCAUAGUUCAUAUUUUCUAGGCUGCUAGUUUCUAAAAUUAUUUUUAUCGAAUCAGACCCACGUUUUGAUCUCCCUGAUCUGAAAAAGGUAGAUAAUCUAAAAGGACUGGUAGAAACAAAAUCUUGGUUGACUAAACUAAAAUAUGUGCUUUUCCCCCCCCCCCAAGGAGACUUACACAAAUACUUCCAGCUGAUAAGCUAAUCACAAAUUUAACCUCAUUCCCGAUUCUUCUGCUUAGUUUUCCAAAACAUUCCUGUACAUACCAGAGUAAAACCCAAGCUAGCCACGUAUGUGUAAUUUAGAUCCGAAAGCUAAACGAUUAUUGUACCUAAGGUGUAUGAGGGCAUAGAGAUAACCCGUGCCGAACAGAUUAGAAGGAUAACUGUAGAUAUGUACUGUAGCAUACAAUUUUUACAAUAAACAUAAAUAAAAGCGGCACCCACACACAAA